AUGGAAAAAUCUGUCGAUAGAAGUGGCAGCAGCAAGCUAAAACAGCGGUUCGCGCGGAUGCUGCUCGGUUCCUCCUGCUCCACCGCUGGCGUCGCCGCCAAAUCUCUGACGCCGCAGCUGCCGGAGACCGAGGUCGACGCCGGAUGGAACCAACGGUGCAAGCUCGACCAGCAGUACUGGUCCUUUCCAGCUAAUGGACGGCGGUGCCGCCGCCGCAUAGCUCCGGUCGUGCAGGUCUCCAAAAACUGUGGCGGGCUCCGGUCCGUCGAAGCUUCCGAGCCGUUGCUCCCCUUGAUCGGUACGGAGGAGGAGGAGGAGAGGAAGUGGAAGCCGGAUGGAGGUAUGAAGCAGAGGAGCAAGGUAGAUUUGGAUCCGAGAAUGAAAAGAAGAAGCUUCCCCUGUCUUUCUUCGUCGGACUACGAGCUCGAUCUCUUCGGCAGCGACGAUGAGGAGGAAUCGAGAACUACUUUGUUCUCGUCCAAGAGCUUCUCCUCCGAUUCCUCCGAGUUCUACCGCCACACCAACAGCAAGAACAAGAACAAAAACAAAAAUACACAGAGCAUGAAGUCCACACAACUCCCGCCACGAAGGCACGCGACGCGGUCGACGUGGAAGGGCCUCCGGCCGUUGGUCUCCGUCUCACCGGCGAAGGGCAACUAUCCAGCAGGGUUCGCGGUGGUCAAGCAGUCCACCGACCCUUACGGCGACUUCAGAAGCUCCAUGGUGGAGAUGAUCGUGGAGCGCGAAAUGAACAGGGCUCGGGACCUGGAGCGGCUCCUCCACUCGUACCUCAAGUUGAACUCCGACAGGCACCACCGGGCGAUCCUCCAGGCGUUCGAGGACAUUUGCGAAGCCAUGUUUGGCAAAUAG